AUGCCCUCAUGUAAUAACUCCAUUCCUCAGCCCUUGAUAUUCAUCCUGGCUGGAAUCCCAGGCUUGGAAUCUUCUCACAGCUGGUUCUCUGUGCCCUUUUUCUUAAUAUUUGUAAUAACCAUCAUAGGAAAUGUCACCAUCAUAAAUAUCAUUUGGAUAGAGAAGAGUCUUCAUGAGCCGAUGUUCCUUCUCUUGGCUACACUAUCCGUUGUGGACCUGUGCCUGGUUAUAGUCACUGUGCCCCGAAUGCUAGGAAUCUUCUGGAUGAAUGCCAAAGAAAUCAGCUUUGAUGCCUGCCUCACACAGAUGUUUUUCAUCCCUUCCUUUUAUGUCAUGGAAUCAGGAAUCCUCUUGGCCAUGGCUUUUGAUAGAUUUGUGGCUAUCUGGUACCCUCUGAGGUAUACAACCAUCCUUGACAGCAACAUGCUUGUGAAGAUGGCACUAGCUAUACUGGCGAGGGCAGUAGCAGUGCUGACCCCUGCACCCAUCCUGACAAAGAGACUGGAACGAUUCCAAACCCAGGUCAUUGCUUACUCUUACUGUGCCUACAUGGCUGUGGUGAUGAUUGCGUGUGGAGACAUCUCCAAUCAUAUUGUUUAUGGCCUCCUGGUUAUGGCAGCAUCUGUAGGGGUUGAUCUAGUUUUUAUCGUUCUGUCCUAUGCACUAAUCCUUCAUGCUGUCUUUCAUAUUCCAUCUUGGCGCCGGAGCAAAGCUCUUAGCACAUGUGGUUCUCAUCUUUGUGUCAUAGGUCUGUUUUAUUCUCCAGUUGUCUUUUCCGUCUUAUCUCAGAUUGUAGGGUACCAUAUGGCUCCCUAUUUGCAGAUUAUAAUAGACAAUUUGUAUUUCCUGGUGCCUCCCAUGGUCAACCCUUUAAUAUAUGCAGCACGAACCAAACAGAUGCGGGAGUGGGUGCUUCGGGUACUCAACUGCCACAGAGACUGA